CAUUGGUCGAAGCGCAGAGAGAAACUCGCAUGGCUGUUGAGAAGAGUGGGCGGCUCGACUUGCAACCUCUGAUUGACGCGCAGAAUGAUACCAAGUUGGCUAUUGAGAAAAGUGGACGGCUAGACCUGCAGCCUCUCAUUGAUGCGCAGAACGACACCAAGGCGGCUAUUGAGAAGACUGGACGCCUGGAUAUGCAGCCUUUGAUUGACGCACAACAUGCUACACGAGUUGCCGUGGAAGGCAAUGGAAAGCUCGAUUUGCAGCCUUUGAUCGAUUCUCAAAGAGAUCUGAAGGCUGCGCUGGUCGACCGCAGUAACGUUGACUUGCAGCCUCUGGUCGACGCGCAGAAGGAGACAAGGGCGGCAAUUGAGGGUGGACGGAUCGACUUACAACCUCUGCUCGAAGCGCAGCACGCUACCAGGGCUGCCGUAGAGAGCAACGGGAAGCUUGACCUGCAGCCCUUGAUCGACGCUCACCGAGACAUGAGGGCAGCUAUAGAGAAGAGUAGCAAGAUAGAUCUGACACCACUGCUGAACAAGAUGGAGCAGUUUACUGAAGUUUCAGAGCAUGUCAAGUCAACGAGCACAACUUCGAAGGACACGAACACGCUCCUGAAGCAGCUUCUUGCAGGCCAGGAAAAACUGCGGGAUGCUGUACUGGACGACGGCAAACAGCCGGAAUUUUUGCCGAUCACGGAUAAGCUCAAUGGCGUCAACGAGCAUCUGGAGUCGCUUCGCGAAUGGGCUGAAUAUGAUUCUGAAGCGCUUAAAGAGCUUGUUGAUGCACAGAAGGGCACUCGCGCCGCGGUAGAAGCAGGCAGCAACGUGGCUCUCGACCCGCUAGCCGGAAAGUUCGAUGCACUUGAAGGCCAUCUGAGAGCGUUGGUGCAGUGCUCCAAGGACCACGAAGCGUCGUUACAGCAUCUCAUCGAAACGCACAAAAGCGCACCGGGACCGUCUGUAGAUCUCGACCCACUAGCGGAACACCUGGAAGCUAUCCGGACCGCUACUGAAAACAGUGGUGAGCAGAUCCGCUCCCUUGUCGAAGUGCAGCAAACCACUCCGCAGACAUCGACGGACAUCGACUUCACGCCACUGACCGAUCGUCUCAACCGCAUCCACGCCACUUUAGAACAACAAGCUGAGCGACAGAACCAACCGCCGAGCUUCGGCGACCCGAAGUUCUUGAUGUCGGCAUUGACUUCUCACCUCAGUAAGAUCCAAGCCGUCACCGAAUCUAAUGCUCUGCACGUUAAAUCGAUGCGUGAGAAGCAGAGCGCCACGGCAGAGCGCAUGCAGGUCUCUGUGGCUUCUACGUCUGACGCCAUUGCGCAGUUGGCACAACAUCACCAACGAGUCCAACAAACCACCGAUGCCAGGCUCGAGGCUGUCACCGCGCAAGUCAGGGAGAUGAUGUCGGGUCAGAGGGAAAUGGUAGAAGUCAUGAGAGAUCUGGCUAAGAGCAUCACGGCGCAGAACAAGGGCUCUUGUGAUCAUGUCGUUAUUCCUCCGCCGAGAAAGGUUGGUCGUAGGGUUGUGGGCUUCGUAUACGAUGCGAAGGACGAUGGAGAAAAGUGGAAGGGACUGUAAAAGUGGUAUGGUUGGGUCGGACAUGAUAUGAGAUCAACGUAUGACCAUGUUACUCAACGAAGAAUAUACCGCAACUGUUGGGAAGAGCCUUUCAAGAUUUCACUGUUCAUA